GUCAUUCAGACCGCCGGUGUAAUGCCGCUUUCGCGGGCCUUUCUGGGCGUCGUCAUCUGGGGGAGGCUCGCUCGCGCUUCGUUUCCACGGUCAACUUGGUUAGUUCCACCCUCCUUGUCAAUUCGCUUCCUUCUCGCGUUGAACCUUUUCUUGAACUUUGCAUAUCGCCUGGCUCAUCGUCCCUCAGUGGUUCCGUAAGACUCCCAAGUGGCAAGGGCUCGACCCUGUUAAUUCCACGGAGGGCUCCUGUUUCUCCGGUUUCGUUGCGCUCUUCUCUGGUUUGAAGUCGGGUCUUGGUUUUUUUCCCCUUCCUCGUUCUUGUUUGCUGAAAGAUGGGCGACUUUCGGUGAUUCUUGAAGUGGGGAUAGACCGCAUUUUCUUGAGACUCCGAUCCUGGUGGAGGGUGUUUCCCGUCUUAGGAAGAACGUUAGGGAGAUGACUCUGUCUAUGUUCUUCAAGGACGCGAGAAACGUGUUCAAGAAAGAUCAGCUCGGUGUUGAGAUAGCGCAGAUUGCGCUCCCUGCAGCUUUGGCUUUAGCAGCAGAUCCCGUUGCUUCUCUCAUUGAUACGGCCUUCAUUGGCCAUAUAGGUCCGACCGAGCUUGCAGCUGUAGGAGUCGCCAUUGCCGUUUUUAAUCAAGUGUCGAAGAUUACAAUUUUCCCUCUCGUCAGUAUUACAACUUCGUUCGUUGCGGAAGAAGAUGCCAUAGAGCAAUUGCAUAUUGAAGGACAGAAAAACAAAAAUGGAGACAAAUGGUUUCCCGUUGACAAGGAAAGCGAUGUUGAAAUGGAAGAGCUGUUACCUCAGAGCGAUUCUACCAGCGAGUCAUCAUCCACUAGUACUAGUUACGAUAAAAUGGCUAAUCUUGACAAUAAGAGAAGACAUAUUCCAUCAGCUUCAUCGGCAUUGGUCAUCGGGAGCGUACUUGGGAUAGUGCAAACUUUGUUCCUCAUAUUUUCUGCCAAGCCAAUCUUAAACUACAUGGGCGUGAAGCCUGACUCGCCCAUGCUAAUGCCUGCUCAAAAGUACCUAACAUUGAGGUCACUUGGUGCUCCGGCUGUUCUUCUCUCUUUGGCCAUGCAAGGAAUCUUUCGAGGAUUUAAGGAUACAAAAACUCCUUUGUAUGCGACAGUGGUGGGUGACGCUUCAAACAUCAUCUUGGAUCCGCUCUUUAUUUUUGUUCUCCGGAUGGGCAUCAGCGGUGCAGCAAUUGCCCAUGUUAUAUCUCAGUAUUUGAUUUCACUUAUACUGCUGUGGAAAUUAAUGUCACAAGUUGAUCUAUUACCUCCAAGCAUUAAAGAUCUCAAAUUUGAGCGAUUCCUGAGGAACGGAUUUCUCUUGCUGGUGAGAGUGAUUGCUGUAACAUUUUGUGUUACCCUGGCAGCAUCGUUGGCUGCCAGGCAUGGAGCAACAUCAAUGGCUGCCUUCCAAGUUUGCCUGCAAAUUUGGCUUGCAACCUCUUUGCUUGCUGACGGAUUGGCUGUUGCUGGACAAGCAAUCCUUGCAAGUGCAUUCGCUAGGGGAGAUUACGAGAAGGCCACGUCAACAGCUUCUCGUGUAUUGCAGUUGGGUUUGGCCAUGGGGCUAGUUCUCUCUGUUGUCCUUGUCGCGGUGUUACAGUUUGCUUCCAGAUUAUUUACGGAAGACGCUGGUGUUUUACAUCUUAUUAGUGUGGGGAUUCCGUUUGUUGCAGUGACUCAACCCAUCAACGCUUUAGCCUUUGUUUUCGACGGAAUCAACUAUGGCGCGUCUGAUUUUGCAUAUGCAGCCUACUCAAUGGUGCUGGUGUCUGUAGUGAGCAUUGUAUGUUUGUGUUCACUGUCCUCAGCUCACGGUUUUAUAGGGAUUUGGAUUGCUUUGACCAUCUAUAUGACUUUGAGGACAUUUGCUGGUUUCUUAAGGAUCGGUGCUGGGAUGGGACCUUGGGGAUUUCUAAAGAACUAAUUGCGGCCUCGACCUUCAUUCGUCAUUUGGUUUUCUGCAUUCCAACAUAGUUUCCUUACACUUUGGAUUGCAGAGAAAUCGCACACCAUCACGUGAUACUAUCUUUGCAUCAUUUCCUUGACGUGAUACCUCCACACUUGUAUUUAGAUCGUUCCCCGCAAUUUGAAGUGCAAGAAAGUGUUCUGCAAUUGUCUUUCACUUGAAAAAGACGGUAGCUUGUAAAAGAAGGGACGGGGGAGACCUUUUUUUACCAUGUAUAAUCAGUCGUUCUAUUUCGCAUA